AUGAACUGGCUACGAGAGCAUCAGGAGAAUUUGGGAAUCCCCUGCACGAUCCAAUUCGACAGCCCAGGCUCCAUAAGAACCCCAACGAGGAGCGCAACUAACAGCUCCUCCUCAGGCUCAAGCUCUUCCAGUACCAAUACUUCUUCCACUACGCUCACCUGGCCCGUCCCGAGUCCAGAUCUAAGUGACAGGAAACGCAAGGCUAGAUCACCUGCGCAGAGCCCUGGAGACGAUGAAGUGUCUGGGGUAGAGGGGCUGGGCCAGUUCACUUCAGCUCGCAGAGCAAGCAAGCGCAGGACCCGUUCACUAUUGGCCCCCUGGAGCUACUUCGACCAGGCAGAUGACAACGUGAAUGAUGAUAACGUCGAUGAGGAUUCCGACUACAUCCCGGAUGAGGCCGCAGGGGAGAGUGAUUGGUUUUCAGAUGACAGUGACGGUGACCAGUGUGAGCAUAGCGAUGUUGAGGAUAAUACUGGGGUUGGUCAGGCUGGUGAUGAGGAAGAUGAGGAAGAGGGCGAGGAUGAAGACGACGUUGACCGCAACCCUGAACUGAAUAUGUCCCUCGCCCAACCCGGAGUCGCCGCCAUUAGUGUCCGAGGCCACAAUAUCUUCCAGGGGUCGAAGCACUCUAUGACGUUGUGA